AUGGUCGAUCAAGGAGCACCAGCUGCCGAUAACCCACCAGCAAGGACCCUUCACCCUGUUUACUCCGUAACGAACAUUCAAAAUAAGGUUCGUAUACUUGAUGGCGACAAGGUAACAUACUCCGACUGGGUCAAGCUUUUCCGUCUUCAUGCCCACGGGUAUGACGUGCUCAACCACAUUGAUGGUUCCGGCCCUCCUGCUAAAUCCGAUCCGUCUUACGAGGCGUGGUCCAAGAUUGACGCCAUUGUCCUUCAAUGGAUAUAUGGCACUUUAUCCGAUUCUUAUCUCAAACGAGUAAUUGACACCGAUUGCACGGCCCAACAAGCUUGGGAUCGUUUACACACUGUUUUUCUCAACAACAAAAACGAUCGUGCCGCCACUCUUGAACAUGCUUUCACCACUACCACCAUGGCAUCAUGCUCUUCUCUGAAUGCUUAUUUCCAGCAGAUGAAGGACCUUGCGGAGCAACUAUAUGACGUCGAUCACCCGGUAAGUGACUCUCGCCUUGUGUUACAAAUGGUUACGGGUCUUCCCCAAGAAUACGACACAAUAGCUUCUUUUAUUAUUCAAGCCGACAAAUCGUAG